AUGCUUCGCGCAGGAGAGCCGGAACCUCGCCGCUCGGUACGCGCGACCAAGGGCCAACACACCAAAGCCUUCGACGACCAACCGAUCGAACCGCCCAAAAAGCGAGGGAGGAAGAAGAAGCAAGAGGAAGAGCCUGAAGAAGAGAUUAUACGCUGUGUUUGCGGUGCCACGGAACAGGACGGCGACUCGGAAGAGCCUUGGAUCGCCUGCGAUAAGUGCACAGCAUGGCAACACAACGUUUGUAUGGGCAUGAGCGUCUUUACGGAAGACCUCCCUAAGAACUACUAUUGCGAGCAAUGUGCUCCUCAGGAUCACAAGGAGCUCCUUUCUGCCAUGGCGCAAGGUGAACGUCCAUGGGAAACGCGCCGCAAGGUCUACGAGGAGGAACAAAAUGAGAAGAAGAAGAAGAAGAAGAAGGGUGGCAGAGGUGGGAAGCGUGCGAGCGACCCCAAGGAAGACUUGUCGCAAGACACGCGAAGCAACAAAGCCGAAGACUCUCCAGCUCCCUCGGAAAACAAGGAGAAAAAGGACAAGAAGGACGGCGGCGCCUCCAAGGCAGCGACGGGCAAGCGCAAGACACCAGCGCCCAAACAGCGCAAAGUAUCGGAGCCUGAACCGUCCCCCAUCGUCGGCUACACUGCGCCGGCCGACCUAGAUGCCAAGGUCACGGAUCUGCAAGAAGAUCGCAAGGGCCCUGCACAACUUCUACAAAAGGCCAUCACUGGCAUUCUCACUGUCGCCGUCAAGGAUAAGAGCGUUACUCUUCCGAAGGACACAACUGCGGCGGCGAAAGCGGAGCGCUUAGCUCUCGAAAUUGAACGCGCAGUUCACGAUGCACACCCAGAUCGAAGCCAGUAUGCUGCGCAAGCAAGGAUCUUGUAUGCAAACAUGAGGAUGAACGGCGAUUUGACCAAGCGACUGUUGAAGCGCACUCUUUCACCGCUGAUGCUUGCUACCAUGACCGCCGACGAGCUGGCUACCAAGGAGAGACAAGAGGCCAAUGCUCAUCUGAAGGCCAUCUCGGAGAAACAGUCCAUCCUAAUUACCGACGACGCCCCGCGUGUCCGCAGAACGCACAAGGGCGAGGAAAUUGUCGAGAGCGAUUCUUUCCAACAAAAUGAUGAUGGAAGAACCUUUGCUCGACGACCUAGUGGGCGAGAGGGGGGCGAACCAAAUUCCGAAAAUUCAGGUGAGCUUUCAGCCCAUCUGGGACUACAUAUCGAUACCCACGGAGCUCGACAUUCGCCCAAGCAUCCCGAUUUUGAUAUCAACAAAGUGUACGCAACUGUCAAGUCGCCUACGAGCGCCCACAACCGCCGGCCAUCGGCUCCAGUCCAUGGACCCGGCGUCGACCUUGAUGUGGACCGGCUUCUUCAAGAAGAAACGGAUUCCCCGCCUUACUCGCCCACAGACGAGACGGAUCCGGACGUGGUUUGGCGUGGCCAUCUGGUUAUGAGCUCGAUUGCUGAUUUCCCAGCGUCAGCCAAGUUCGUUGGCGGGGCCAACUUGUCAAACACCAUUGGCUUGCCUUGGACCAGUCUGAUUCCGAAGAGGCUCGCUGUAGCAGGACGCAUAGAUGAACAGAAAGCUAUAGAAUAUCUCUGCGGCUUGCGAUAUGCUGACCAGACUGAUAUUGUCGUCGUGGCAGUAUCGCCGACAUCUGAAGGCUCUCGGCGCGAGUUUCAAUCCCUAUUCGAUUACUUCGUCUCCAAGAAGCGGUAUGCCGUCGUUGGGGACAAGGGCGUUGGCAACGUAAGGGACACAUACCUUGUACCCGUCCCCCCUGGGGAGGGCAACGUGCCCGAGUUCAUGCUCAAUUUUUCCGACAACCUCGUACCCCAGAAGAGAACAGAGCCCAUGCUCCUGGCCGUUUUUGUGUAUCGAAACACUCUCAGGCAACCUCAGCUUGGCGGAGCCGCCUCUCAAUCUCCCAUCGCUAACACGCCAACUCCUACGCAAGCGGGUUUCCCUUCCAGACAUCCCUCAGUCUCCGGGCCAGCAUUCUCGCCCACUGUUGGCCAGGGUUCAUUUCAGCAACCGGGCCAGGCUCCUUUCGGCAACAACGGCUACGUACCGCCGGAGCACCCAACACAGGGGGCACACCAGGUCGUGCCGCCAAACCAGCCUCCUUCGGGCUAUGUAGCUAAUCGCGGCCCUGAGACUGAGAAACAACAACGUCAGGAACAAGGCCAAGUCCUUGCACAGGAGGUGCUAGGUCCGUUGAUCAACAGUCCCACGGUAAAAUUCCUCUUACCACAAGCCUAUCAAAUGUCACGGACGGAAUGGGACGUUAUUCGGGGCAUUCUGGAGAGGGAUCCUCGCGCAAGGGACGAUCUGACGUACCUCAGCCAACUGUUGGAGAAGCAGCCAUCAGUUGAUGGUAAGUCUGGUGAUGGCCCUCCGACAACGGCUCCUCAGAGUUCCCAAGGCGUGGCGCCGUCAGCAUGA